CCCACGGCCAACUAAGCCAAGUACAUCUCCAAGCUUUAAGCUUUGCUCUGCUUCUAGUCUCAUACUCCUCUUCACAAUCUAAAAUCUGAUUCACCAAUGUGCACCACCACUCCUGUGCCGUCGGUGCCGGCGGUGGCAGUGGCCGGCGCCAAGGGCGGCCACCACGUCUACGUGACGCUGCCCCAACGCGCGGACGGCCAUUGCGGCCGCCAGCUCAAGUGCCACGCGGUGCUCCUGCCGGCUGCAGGGGAGACCGUCCGGGAGGCGGCGGCGCUGUGCCGGCUGGCGUUCCCGAUCGCGCUGACCGCGCUGCUGCUCUACUCGCGGACGGCCCUGUCGAUGAUCUUCCUGGGCUCCAUCGGCGACCUCCCGCUGGCCGCGGGCUCCCUCGCCAUCGCCUUCGCCAACAUUACCGGCUACUCGGUGCUGUCAGGGCUCUCUCUCGGCAUGGACCCGCUCUGCUCCCAGGCGUUCGGCGCCAACCAGCCGCGUCUGUUGGGCCUCACCCUGUACCGCUCCGUGCUCUUCCUGCUCUGCUGCUCGCUGCCGCUCUCCGCGCUCUGGCUCAACAUGUCCAAGAUUCUCGUCUUCCUCGGCCAGGACCGCGAGAUCACGGCACUCGCGCAGGAGUACAUCCGCUUCUCCCUCCCCGACCUCUUCUCCUUCUCCCUCAUCCACCCGCUCCGCGUGUACCUCCGAUCGCAGGGGAUCACGCGCCCGCUCGCCGCCGCCGCGGGCGCUGCCGUGCUCUUCCACGUGCCAGCGAACUACGUGCUGGUGGGGCGCCUCGGGCUCGGCGCGCCCGGUGUGGCGGCAGCGGCGUCGGCGUCCAACUUCGUGCUCCUCAGCGUGCUGCUUACGUACGUCGUCGGCCGCCGCGACGAGGCGCUGCGCGCGGCAGGGGCGCCCACGGCGGAGUGGCUCGCCGGGUGGGGUCCCCUCGCUCUGCUGGCCGCGCCCAGCUGCGUGUCGGUGUGCCUGGAAUGGUGGUGGUACGAGGUGAUGAUCCUGCUCUGCGGCUUCCUGCCGGACCCGAAGGCGGCGGUGGCGUCCAUGGGCGUGCUCAUGCAGACGACAGCGUUGGUGUACGUGUUCCCGUCGUCGCUCGGGUUCGGCGUGUCCGCGCGGGUGGGCAACGAGCUGGGCGCGAACCGCCCGGGCCGCGCGCGCGCCGCGGCGCACGUGGCCGUGGCCGGGGCCGCGGGCAUGGGGCUUGCGGCCAUGUCGUUCGCGGCUGGGGUGCGCCACGCGUGGGGGCGCAUGUUCACCGCCGACGCCAACAUCCUCCAGCUGACCGCCGCAGCCCUGCCGAUCGUGGGGCUCUGCGAGCUCGGCAACUGCCCGCAGACCGUCGGCUGCGGCGUGCUCCGCGGGAGCGCUCGGCCGGCGCGCGCCGCGCACGUCAACCUGGGCGCCUUCUACCUGGUGGGCAUGCCCGUCGCCGUGCUGCUCGCGUUCGGGCUCGGCGUGGGGUUCGUCGGGCUCUGGGUGGGCCUCCUCGCCGCCCAGGUGUGCUGCGCCGGGCUCAUGCUCUGCGCCAUCGGCUCCACUGACUGGGAGGCGCAGGCGCAGCGGGCGCAGGAGCUGACGUCAUCCUCGCCGGGCGACGUGGAGAAUCGCGGGGCCCACGCGUCAGCUGCGGAGGGAGCCAGGCCGGAGAAAGGGGAGCAGGAGCAGGACGUGGAGGGGCGGUGCUACGAGCCGUUGAUCUUGAACCGCGAGGAGACAGAGCCUGAGACUGCGUAGGCUGCUUUGAGAUCGGUGAAAAGGCUUGGAGCUACUGUAAUUUUUAUUCUUACUCUCUGAUCAAUUGGAACUACUACUGGUAGUAUUCCAGUACUAAUGGUAAUGGAUAUAUGUUUUGUUGUUU